AUGAUACUGUCAAGAAGUGCAGUCGGUUUCUUGCUAACUGGAGCCGAACCGGAACCCGAACUACCUCCAGAGCUUGGAGCGAUCAGGGAAGGUGGAGGUGGAGGUGGUGGCGGCGGAGGAGGAGGCAUUGUCGUCUCUGGGAUUUCAGAUUUAAAAAAGGUAAGAAAAGCUCUUGAAACAACACAUGGGGCGAAUCGGGAAAUUACAACGCUAGAAGAAAAGAAGACAAUUGCAGCAAUUAUGAUUCACACGAGGUGCAGGUGAAU